UCCUCCGGCACGGUAGGGAUCCCGACGACUGCAUCGAGGUAGGCUUCAUUUCCAAGCACACCAUCUUCCUCCUCGGAGCGCACCCGAUCCGGCGACCGAACGGUCCCCAGAGGGUGGCUGCUCAAAGUCGGGGAGGACUUCCCCGGGAGGAUGCAUUUACUGAACCCUCUCUCCAGCUGCGAAUUCGAUCGGCUGCCUGAGGAUUUUCCGAGAGUUUUGGACUUGAUAAAUCUGCGCGUGCUGGAGUUAGGGCCCGAGUAUGUGUUGCGGUGCUCGAAUAUCCGUGACAAUCGUGGUGGUGCAGGCGUACCUUUCCCGGAUAAGGUUGCUUUUAUGUGUUUAGGCAAUGGAAAUGAUGUUGCGAUGCUCCGGAUUGAGUCAGGGAAAUUGGCCAUGUUCAAAUCUGAGGAAAAACGGUGGUUCCUUCAGGACCUGCCGUCGCCGUCGACGUACGACGACGUGAUAUUGUUUAAGGGGGAGUUUUAUGCUGUCGAUUGCGCUGGGAGGACGGUCGUUGUCGGGUUGGAUUUGGGUGUGACCUUGAUUGUGCAGUCAAACUUUAGUGGUCACAAGAAGAAGUUGGUGGAAUCCGUCGGUGAGCUGCUCAUGGUCUACAUUUAUUUUAGCCUUAAUGCGGGGAUUGCAAUGGAGAUGACGCUCCGGUUCAAUGUCUACAAGUUAGACAGAGAAGAGAAGGUGUGGAAUGGGGUGAAAGACUUAGGGGAUAGGGUGCUGUUUCUGGGAGAUGAAUGUGCAUUCUCUGCUUCAGCUGCAGAUUUAGGGGCUUCUAAAGGGAAUUGCAUAUUCCACACGGGUUAUGUUGAAGAGGCAGGAAAUUCGAGCCUUGGGAUCUGUGUCUAUGACAUGGAUAGUGGCCUUUUUGGACCUACAGAAGAUUAUGCAGGUUAUUCAGAGCUGUUCUGGCCUCCUCCAGAUUGGAUUGCUUCGAGGACCUCAGCACCUCAGGUUCGAAAUCAAUUGGAAGCUCCGGCAAUGUAAUGCGGAGGUUGGUCUUCUUGGAUAAAGGAUGUCGCGGCAAUCAAAUCGUUCGUUCGUGGCAUUGUACACGAAUAACAUGGUUAGAAAGUUCUAGAGAGGUUGAUUCAGCUCGCCGCAUGUGACCAAGGCAACUCCUAUUGACGUUGAAGGAAGGCAAGAAGGUGGUCUGGUUAGGUGACAAUACAUUCUCUAAAUAGCUGAUUAUGAGAUUAAUGCUUAGAUCCACAUAGAGGGCCGCAUCAUUAAACGGGUCUUGUUAUAUAUUCGACUGUUCAUUAAGGAUUUCGCUAGAUGGUCUAUGUUGAUUGAUGCAGAGGCAGAGAGAGCAGUUUACUAUAUAUAGAUAUGUAUGGAUAUUUUUUGGUCUCACUCCUCUUUUCUAUGUAUAGUGGGGUGCUCACGGGGUUCGAACCCUUCUCUUUACUAGCAGGGCCGCAUGCCCGUUGGCCACUUGACGUAGAUUAGGAAGGCCAUUCUUUUUUGAGCUAUAGAAAGUGUGGUCUUGUGACUAUUUUUACCCUCCGUACUCACUUAUGGAUGCUUUUCUUAUUGUAA